UGCGACUGUGACCGAAUGUCAGCACUUCACCACCCCAACCACCCACUGAGUCCAUCACCCGUCUCCACUCAGUUGCUGGAUGAUCCCGUGACGUCUCCUCUGACAAAACCUGAGCGCUUAAAGUUGAUGAUUUACAGACUCAUUUUUACACCUCUGCUACAUUCCCUGGGUCGUCUUUGUUUGAAGCGCCACUCCCGAACGCUGGUCUCAAAAAUGGCUUUUCAGUAUCCACAGGCUUACCGUGACGAGGCAGUAGUUGAUAACUAUCAUGGCUGCAAAGUUCCCGAUCCAUACAGCUGGCUGGAGGACCCCGACAGUGAAAAGACUCAGGCCUUUGUCAGCGCUCAGAACCAACUGACGCUGCCGUUUCUGGAGCGCUGUGAGGUGCGAGACCUGUUCAAGGAGCGCAUGACCGAGCUGUACGACUACCCCAAGUACAGCUGUCCCUUCAAGAGGGGAAGCAGGUACUUUCACUUCUACAACACAGGCCUCCAGAACCAGAGUGUGAUGUAUGUGCAGGAGAGUCUGGAUGCUGAGCCCUCAGUCUUCUUAGAUCCAAACACUUUCUCUGAUGAUGGAACCGUUGCCCUGCGAGGCUAUGCAUUCUCUGAGGACGGGGAGUACCUGGCCUAUGGAACCAGCGCCAGCGGCUCAGACUGGGUGGAGAUGCGCUUCCUGCGGGUGGAGGGCGCCGUGCCCCUGGAGGACCGUCUUGAACGGGUCAAGUUUAGCUGCAUGUCCUGGACUCAUGAUGGGAAAGGCCUUUUUUACAACUCCUAUCCUGAGCAAGAGGGAAAAAGUGACGGCACCGAGACCUCCACUAACCUUCACCAGAAGCUGUACUUUCAUGUUUUGGGGACUCCGCAGUCCGAGGACGUUCUGUGCGCUGAAUUUCCCGAGCACCCCAAAUGGAUGAGUGGGGCUGAGGUAUCCGAUGACGGGCGCUAUGUGCUGCUGUCUAUCAGAGAGGGCUGCGAUCCGGUCAACAGGUUGUGGUACUGUGACCUCCAGACAGCUACUCAGGGUAUCACAGGACUUUUGCCAUGGGUGAAGUUAAUUGACAACUUCGAUGCGGAGUAUGAAUACGUGACCAACGAGGGCACUUUGUUCACCUUCAAGACCAACCUGGACGCCCCGCGUUACCGGCUCAUCAACAUCGACUUCGCCUCUCCCGAUCAGGGCAACUGGAAGGAGCUCCUCGCCCAACACGACAAAGACGUCAUUGUGUUUGCCACCUGCACAUACUCCAGCUAUCUGUUUGUGUGUUUCCUCCACGACGUGAAGAACGUGUUGAAGAUGUACCGCCUGAGUUCAGGGGAGGAGCUGAGGACAUUUCCUCUGGACGUUGGCUCCAUUGUGGGCUUCACCGGCCGAAAGAGGGACUCGGAAAUCUUCUACUAUUUCACCUCUUUUCUGUCGCCAGCUAUCAUUUACCACUGUGACCUGACCAAAGAGCCACUGCAGCCACACGUCUUCAGAGAGGUCACCGUCAAGGGUUUCAACCCCUCUGACUACCAGACCACCCAGAUCUUCUAUCCCUCCAAGGAUGGCACUCAGAUACCCAUGUUUAUUGUUCACAAGAAGGGCAUCAAAUUGGACGGCUCCCAUCCAGGUUUUCUGUAUGGCUACGGAGGCUUCAACAUCUCCAUCACACCGAGCUACAGCGUCUCCCGCCUCAUCUUUGUCAGACACCUGGGAGGCGUUCUGGCAGUGGCCAACAUCAGAGGAGGAGGAGAGUACGGAGAGACCUGGCACAAAGCUGGGAUGCUGGCAAACAAGCAGAACUGCUUUACCGACUUUCAGUGUGCAGCAGAGUAUCUCAUCAAGGAGGGCUACACAUCUCCCUCCAAACUGACCAUAAACGGAGGCUCCAACGGAGGCCUUCUUGUCGCCGCCUGUGUGAAUCAGAGACCUGAGCUGUUUGGCUGCGCCGUGGCUCAGGUGGGCGUCAUGGACAUGCUGAAGUUCCACAAGUUCACAAUCGGCCAUGCGUGGACCACCGACUUUGGCUGCUCAGAAAAACAAGAGCAGUACGAGUGGCUCAUCAAAUACUCCCCUCUGCAUAACAUCCACAUCCCAGAGGGCAACGGGGUCCAGUACCCGGCCGUGCUUUUGCUGACGGGGGACCACGACGACCGGGUGGUGCCGCUCCACUCCCUGAAAUAUAUCGCCACCCUGCAGCACAUCGUAGGUCGCAGCUCAAAGCAGACAAAUCCCCUGUUCAUCCUUGUGGACACAAAGUCCGGCCACGGUGCCGGCAAGCCAACCAGCAAAGUCAUCCAGGAGGUGGCCGACACCUACGCCUUCAUCGCCCGCUGUCUGAACAUCUCCUGGGUCAAAUAGCCUGCACCUCCACCUAACAUGCGUGUUUUGGUUUGUCUUAUCUUCCUUUCAAAUUCAAAUUCGAAAGACUAAGACUGUUCAUCCCAGCUGGCAUGUUCUUUAUAACGCCUAACUUGUAAGUCAACGGUUCAGCCCAUGUGGACUCCACACCCUGAUCACAGGGUAAGCCGCUCAGUCCCUACAAAAAGUAUUACCGUUACAGUUCAGAAAUCUGCUCCUCAGCCGUCAUGAGGGCUCACUAGCAGGAGGCUGAUUUGGAUCCAACACAGUGUGUGUUAUUUAUUUGUUGUUUGGACGCAGAAUGGAUUGUUGGACACCACAGGAUCUGAGAUCGCACAGGUCUGAGAGCGUUGUGUAACUGAUGGUCCUGCAAGUCGACAAAGUUGCUGUUGUGUGGAUAAAAGCGAAAAAAGCACUUUGUGUCGUAUGCGUGUGUGUGUGUGUGUGUGGCUGUGCGAGAGUUUGUGUGCAAAGAUACAUUACAGUUACAUUUCUUUCAGGCUGAUGAUUUCUACCUCUUGACUUGUGCUGAUUGUUUGCCUUCACAAAGGGAGCAGAACACAACGCCACAACUACAAUAAACUUUUUAAACGGUGAUUCGUCACCUUUCAUUCUUCAGAAAAUAUCGAAUCAGCUUCUUUAUAACUCUAGCAACCCAGUGAAGGGAAUUUGACCAGAUCCAAACUACUAAUGUUAGUGUCUGAAAUGGCUUGUAAAGACCAAAUGAAAGCAUUUCACAGCUAUUGAAUCGGGAGUUCCGAAAAGCCCAAAUUAUUUAGUUCAGACAGGAGAUUAAAUUUAUUUUGACAUCAUAUUUACUGGUAUUUUUUAAUCACUCCGUGCGUUUCAGCGGGCGCUCGGCGGUGGCGGGUGAGAGCGGUCGUGGCUGUGUGUGGUCCUCCAGCAGGUGGCAGUCAAUCUGCAGGGCACCAGCAUACAGCCGGGGCACACCAUCAGGGUGGUCUGACACAGGGCCCCAUGCAGAACCCUGAAUGGGAACCUUUACAGUUUUAAAGGUUUUUUUUUUUUGUACGCUUUGAUGUUUGCGAAGUCUGUUCUCAGCAGUCAGAGUUCUUCAGGUGUUGCUUUAAUGAUGACUUGAGUCGCAUUUAGAGGAAAAGUUAGCCAUGCAGAAACUCAAAAAAAUGAAAAAGUGAUAGUAUUGAGGAAAUUCUUUCAAUGUUGGGUUUAGUUAUUUUUUUCUUUAUUUCAGAACUCCAAGUUAGAAUUUUUUUCUGCACAAAAUGAACAUCAAAGAAAAGAAAAGGUUUGUUACUUUCUGAUUUUUCCAUGAAGGGAAAAGAAACUGCAUGUUUUCAUGUUUUUAGCUGUGAAACUUGUUUAGAUUUGUUCCCUUUAUUUAGGGUAUAUUAUUCUCAAAUCCAAUAUUUAUUUUGCUGAGUUGCAGUUGAGACAUUUGGGCC